CUUAGCAUAUUUAUCUUGAAAUGGAAAAGCUGUUUAUUUUCUUAAAACGUAAGAUAUCCAUUUCUCUGUUUGUUGUUGAUACAACCCUAAAUUUGCAUCAGUUCUCUUCCCUGAACCAUAAAUGUUUGGCAUAGGACACUUGGCUUUCACUAAUGGCUUUCAUCUGUUUUUCCAAGUGAUAUCAACUGCUAACAUGCUCUUUCUUGGCCUUAUCAGUGACAGGGGUCUUCAGAAAGAACAAGCCCAUUAGUGCUAAGUCAUGGUGUAGGAGGGAUGGAUCUCUUCAACAAACGUUUGAUUGCCUUCUUCUUGUGUACCUUCCCAUCGGAAAUUGCUUAGGAAGAGUCUUUGAGAUAUUAAGAUGUUUCCUUGCUCUGUCACAGCACCCUAUAAGGACUGCCAGGCAAUAAUGAAGGUUCUUUUACUGAAGGAUGCUAAGGAAGACGACUGUAGCCAGGAUCCGUAUAUCAGGGAAUUAGGAUUAUAUGGACUUGAAGCCACUUUGAUCCCUGUUUUAUCAUUUGAAUUUUUGUCUCUUCCCAGUUUCUCUGAGAAGCUUUCUCAUCCUGAAGAUUACGGGGGACUCAUUUUUACCAGCCCCAGAGCAGUGGAAGCGGCACAGUUAUGUUUGGAGAAAAACAAUAAAACUGAAGUCUGGGAAAGGUCUCUGAAAGAAAAAUGGAAUGCCAAGUCAGUGUAUGUGGUUGGAAAUGCUACUGCUUCUCUAGUGAGUAAAAUUGGCCUGGAUACAGAAGGAGAAACCUGUGGAAAUGCAGAAAAGCUUGCAGAAUAUAUUUGUUCCAGGGAGUCCUCAGCACUGCCUCUUCUAUUUCCCUGUGGAAACCUCAAAAGAGAAAUCCUGCCGAAAGCGCUCAAGGACAAAGGUGAGUAGAAUGCUCUGACCGCAUCCCUCACCACUUUGGGAUCCACCGCUCCGCCUCCUGGUCUCAUGGCAAGGACUGAUCUUGUUUUCUCUUCCCCACAGGGGGUUCCAGCCAGCAUCACAUUUUUCAGUCCCUCUGGCCUCACAUACAGUCUCAAGCAUAUUCGGGAGUUAUCUGGUGACAAUAUCGAUCAAAUUAAGUUUGCAGCCAUCGGCCCCACUACGGCUCGCGCGCUGGCCGCCCAGGGCCUGUCUGUAAGCUGCACUGCAGAGAGCCCCACGCCACAAGCCCUGGCCACUGGCAUCAGGAAGGCACUCCAGCCCCAUGGCUGCUGCUGAGUCAGCCACCUGUCGCUUGCCCCAUGCAGCCUCCCUGGGCUGGGCUGGCUCUGGAUGGAGCUGGGCAUUGGCAAAGGCUCUCAGGAGCUGCUGCCAUCAGACUCCUGCUUCAAGCCUGAGUGGAAGCAUCUGAGGACCGGGGAUCAGGACCUGACCUGGGGCUGGCCUCAGGCCCACGUGCACGUGACCACCCUCUGUGGAAGCCUGAACCCUAGCCCUGUGAGAGCUUCCUGUGCCCAGCAGGAAGGAAAUAAAAUAAACCACACUGGCUGCCCUGCUUAC